CGCGGGUUCCAGAAUGCCGCUUUGCUGUGCCGGCCUGCUUUGCGCUGUUGCGCUGCGUGCGCGUGGAUGUAUGGAUAGGUACCUAGGCGCAAGCCUCUCAACUGCUUUGGGUAGCCCCCGCUUGGUCGGCUUGGUGAGCAAGCUCAUGACCGGCCGGUUCGUGCACCUGAGCCGGGCGGGGGCACGGCGUACUGGUACAUGGCCGUGGCUGCCUCACCAUCCGCGGGACCACCCAGCACAGUGCGGUUGGGCGCUUUCGUCAUGGUUGCCCAUGCCAAACUGGAAAGAAACGCGAUCGGUCUCGAGCCAACCUGUCCGUGAUCUAACGUCGGCGCGUGAUGCGCUCGCACUGUCCCCCCACCCACCCUACAAGUACUAGUACGCAGAUCCUUAUCGACGGGCAACUUGGCAUGCUCUCGUGCUCCAACAAAGGCAACCCAAACCACCACUCCGUCCAUCCCUCACCGACCCAGCCCCGACUUCGCUGCCCAGGUCAUCAUCACAGCCUCCUUUUUUUUUGUUCCCUUAUCCGUCACUUCCUCCCAACACGUCUCAUCUCCCGCCCGGCAUCGCUUUU